CUUGGAUAGCCUUUGAAGUCUAUUAUCUCAAUUGAGUGGUCUUUGUUCGAGGAGAGAAGGAUUAUCUUGCAAAAAUCGAGCUGGAACGAGCAAAGGUCUGUGAACUCGAGCUGUGAGAGUGCUGAGACUGUUUGGUCGAUAUCUCGAGUUUUACAAGUCAAAUUAAGGCGUGUGAGAUACCCACAGAAAGCUCUCAAGACGAGGAAUCCGUGAAGGUCUGGUUUGCAGGAAUCGGAGUUGUGGAAGGCUUCCAAAUCGUCCGAGCAAAACACAACCUCGCAGGAGAGGAUUUAAUCUUCUAAAGAAUCGAGUUAGCCGGAAAACACCCGUUCUAGGGGCUGUUUUCAUAUCAACGAUUAAGGGUUGAACUAGCACUUUGAGGAGGCUGUUUAACACUCAUAUUUGAGCAAGGAAUCAGUCCCAAAUCCACCUUGACCAAAGAUUUGACCAUUGGACCAAGAAGGGAAAGUUUAAAGCUCAAUUGAGGUUGAGGCUAGAGCUUGUUUCCUGUGCUCGUUGAUCGAGUGAUUCCUUGGAGAGAAGACUUGAAAUGGACCGUGGUGGCAAGGUAACUAGGAGGAACCCUUUGGGCCGUGCACCCGAGGAGACUGGGCAAGGCAGUCGUAGGACCUCUAGGGCAUCUGGAGGAGCGGGCCGUGGAGGCCAAUCACGGACCGUGAGUGACGGUCAUGUGAGCACCGAAAGUGACAGCUACUGGUCCUAUGAGGACUCGACCUAUCGGCCGGAAACAGAGCCGGUUGAAACCCCUUAUGAAGGGGAUGAUGAUGAUGUAAGUGAUGAGGAGGACAACGGCUCCUUAGCGCGGAUUGAGGCACUACUCCAACAAUAUCACCGUGAGCGUGAAGAGAGGAGGGAACGCCGAAGGCGCCGGGCUGGGCAACCUUCGGGCAUGGCUUCACGAGGAGGAAGUCAUGGUGCAUCUAGAGUCCAUGUGGAACCACGUGGAGGCCAAAAUGAUGGAGGUCCAACCAUAAGGAUCUCCAAAUACAUCAAAGAAGCAAGAGAUUUGGGGUGCAAACCCUUUGAUGGAGCAGGGGACAUUUCAGUGGCAGCACAAUGGAUCAAGAGGCUAAAUGAAGCGGCCCUUGACAUGCAAAUCGCGCCGAAUCUCAAACUGAGAAUUGCGGUAAGAUUGCUCGAGGGGAUGGCAUCCAAGUGGUGGGAUGGAACCAAGAACAAGUACGGUGAGACCGUCGUUUGGGAGGACUUCCAACGGGAGUUCUUUGCCCAAUACUAUUCUGAUUUCGAGGUGAAUAAGAAGGUGAGGGAAUACACCCUCCUAACCCAAGGGGGUAACAUGUCAGUGAAGGAGCUUGAGUACAAGUUCCGGGAUCUCGCCGACUACAUACCGGAGUAUGCUUGUGACGAGAACCGCAUGGUGAACCACUUUUGGGACGCCCUUGACUUGGAGAUACGUGAUAGGGCAACACAAUUGCCAAAUAUGACCUUCGCCCAAGUGGUUGACCAAGCGUUGAAGGGGGAGAAACAGUGGGAGGAGAGGAAGAAGAGAGACGCCGAGGAGGCGAAAAAGAGAAAAUGGGAGAGUCAUGGCUCCCAAGGUCCCAACAAAAAGGGGAACCAUGGAGGAGGAUCUUUCCGGGCACCGCCGCCACCGUCUAGGGGGAAUCAAGGCCCGAGUGGGCAAGGCUCGAGGUCACAAACCUCGGUGGUAACUCGUUGCAACAAUUGCAAGAGGAACCACUCCGGUAAAUGUCGCGACCCCCCUAGAUGCUUUCAAUGUGGGGAUGCCGGGCAUUUGAAGGCGCAUUGCCCACAAUUGGGUGGGACAAGGACAUCGGGACCGAGCAGUGGCCCGACGGGUACACGGAAUCAAACCGGAGCUUCUCAAGCGAGCCGGGGACAUGGGGGAGCGAGUGCGAGCAACGCGCCAUCCGUGAAUCAAGGAAGAACUCAAGCUAGAGUUUAUGCGAUGACGGAGGCGGAUGCUCGAGCCAACCCGGACUCGGUUGCAGGUUGAGGCUAGAGCUUGUUUCCUGUGCUCGUUGAUCGAGUGAUUCCUUGGAGAGAAGACUUGGUUCGUGCUUCCUCCAUUCUGUUUUUAAAUAAUAUUAAACUUGCUCAUGGAUAUUUUACUUUAGAGCCUGCGUGCUCAUGUUUGCCCUGUGUGGCCCUUUUGUUUUAAACAAUGUUUUCCGCUGCGUAUUCAAUUGUUUAUUAUGUAUGUUUAUGGAUGACUUAUGUGUGAAUGAUAUUCAUGACGCCUUGUAUAAUAUGAAUGUGUUGGACUGCGGUUGACUAUUCGUAUCGUACGGCGGGUUGUUGACGUGUCCGGGGAGGUCCGGGGCGUGACAUGAAUGAUGAUGAAUGAUGGAGCCUGAGGGUUGUUCUGAAUUCAUAAAGCUGUAUGCUGAGGCAUAUGUGAAUGAUGAUGAACUUAGGUUUGUUCUGAAUUCUUAAAACUGUUUGCCUAAUGUGUGAUUAUGCAUAUGUCAAUGCUGAUGGAGCCCCAAUGCCUUAUGUUUCAAUAUGCAUAUGAGAAAGGUAAAUGAAUGAUGAUGGAGGCAUGAAGCCUCAGUCUUAGCCCUGUUGUGUAUUCUGAAAGGUAAAGUGUGGAAGGUAAACAUUUGAAGCCUCUAUUAUUUGUUGCAUAUUAAAGAAGCUACCUCUGUGACUCUAACACUUAAAGGAGUAGUAAGAGUCAAUUGGUUCUUCUUAGUCUGUAGGGAAGAAUUAAGCCUACUGCUUAACUUCUUCUGUAAAUCAGCUUGCUGAUUGUUCCAGACUGCAUCCUUAUGAACUUAAAGAAUAAAAAUUUGACCCUCAUACAUCUGUGUUUUGAUAAAUUGUGAAAGCUUAAUGGUGGAAGCCUAAUCUACCUCUGUGUACUUAAUUACUUAUUUACUAAUAUAGAUGGAUGGUCAAGAUUGUGUUACCAUGCCUGUAUCUGGUGAACCUCCUCUAAGCCAGGAACCUGCAGUGGAAGCUCCCAUUGUAGAGAAUACUGAUACCACUCAACAAACUGAUAUACCUGCUGUUUCUGGCCAAAAGAGGAAACCGGUUGAAUCCAGGUCCAAGAGAGGCUGGAAACAGAUUUAAUUAAUGGGACAUGUGCUGCUACUGAAAAUGCUUCUGGAUCUUCUGUGGAUCCUUCACCACUGACCUUAAUGGUUUGCUUAUUUAUUACAAGUUUUACUUUUAAAAGCCCUAUUCAGUGUUGGAAUUAACAAAAUGUGUUGGAAGUCUUGGUGUUGGAUGUCUUCCACUGACCACAACCCCUAUUCAGUUUCUGGUGAAGCUCAUUUGCCCCUUUCUUUUCCAGUACAAUUGAACUGCUUCUUCAUUUAAAUUUGUCUGUUGUGAUAUAUUCUGGUAAAUCUGGUUCUUCCCAUUUUGGUUAUGAUGAAAGCUUCCACCAUAUACUGAAAUAAGAUUGGGUUGGUAUUAAAUGUGGUUGGUGGUAAUUUGGAUUUGGCCUCCAAUGUAUCUUUACAUAAUGAGAUGACUUGAAACCUACCACUGUCCACUUUGGAUGCCCCCAAUCUAUUUUGAAUUGAUAAGAAGCAAUCUGAACCAAUAUUUAGUAACUUUGAGAGUUGUGAUUGUGCAUUUAUUCAUUGAUGAAAUUUGAUUUGUGAUUUAUAAAUGUGCAGGAUUAAAAUGUAAAAUCAAAUGUGUGGGACUUGAGUUAGUUGAGUACUUGUGGGGUUGUGGAAGUCUGAAAGAAUGGAAGAUGUCAUCUUAUGGUCUACUGAAAACUGGAAAAUCAUACCUUUGUACCUUUUUUUCCAGUUUUGUACUUUUGCUAUGCUCUGUAAACUUUGGAGAAAACUUUAUCUUUUUUUUUUUUGCUAAGUACUGUCUAAUUACUUAGUUAUUUUAUAUGCAUGGGAGCUUGGUUUGUAAUUACCUUUGUUUUGUAUUUCUAAUUUUUGCUAAGUACUGUCUAAGUACCGUCUAAUUCAAGAUGAACCAACUUUUAUUUUGUAUUUCUAAUUUUGUACUUGAAAAGUUA